AUGGAAAACUCUACCAAGGAGCGAAAAUACAUCGAUAUCGGGAUCAAUCUCGGAGACCCGGUAUUUAGGGGCAAGUAUCAUGGUAAAGAUGUCCAUGAGGAUGAUUUACAGGACAUAAUUGAUCGAGCCGUUGAAGUUGGCUGCCGAAAGUUCAUGAUCACUGGCUCUGAUUUGCAUGAGUCUCGGCAUGCUGUGAACCUUGCUCGUGAACAUUCAGGACUAUGUUAUGCUACUGUCGGCGUACAUCCAUGUUCCGCAAAACUCUUUGACUCUUAUGCUGAAGGACCUGAAAAAUACCUAAGUGAAAUUAAGGCCCUUGCGUUAACGGCCAAAGAAUCGGGCCACGCCGUUGCCUUUGGGGAGAUAGGUCUAGACUAUGAUAGGCUGUUCCUAUCGCCCAAGGAUCAGCAGCUGAAGUACUUUGAGGCUCAACUCGACGUCGCCGUUGAAGUCCAGUUGCCUCUUUUCUUACACUCGCGAGCAGCUAGUGAGGACUUUGAACGGCUACUUUCCGCCCGGCUGCCGCAGCUACCCAAGGGAGGACUGGUACAUAGUUUCACCGGGACACUGGAAGAAAUGCAUCGACUUGUAGCUCUCGGUUUGGACCUGGGGGUUAAUGGAUGUAGUUUGAAGACGGAGGAGAACCUGGAAGUCGUCAAAGCCAUGCCGUUGGAUAGGAUACAGAUUGAAACUGACGGACCCUGGUGCGAGAUCCGGCCUUCUCACGCGAGUUACAAGCACGUCAAAUCUACGCUGCCCAAAUCGUAUAAGAAAGAGAAAUGGCAGAAAGGAUGUAUGGUGAAAGGAAGGAAUGAGCCGGUGGCUAUCAUUCGUGUUGCCGAAGUAAUCGCUGCGGUGAAGGGGAUAACGGUGGACGAAGUUUGUGAAGCGGCAUGGAACAACUCGGUUCGUAUGUUUGGGCUAGGAGAAAUAUAA